CCCUUACGCAACCCAACCCCUCUCAACCCCCCUCCCUCCUCUUCAACGUCUCCUGUCAUUCGUUCUCACCCCUCCGAUUCGGGAGCAUGGCUGCACCUGUCACUCCUUUCCCAUCCAGGUCAUGAUCCCGCUUAGCCCGGUAUCUGUGAUACUAUCCAACUCGCACGGCUCCCGGGAGCCCCAUACCUCCCGCCAUGGGCAACGAUAAUAAGUUUGAAUAUGAAUCCCUCCCGAUCCCCUCCUACGAAGAGGCUAUCGGUGCUCGCCCCAGUUCCUCCCGAUCCCACCUCGAUGCCGAAGAGACAACCGACCAGGCCGAACGACAAGGCCUCCUUCAGCGCGGCCCUGAUCCCGCCGCCCGCGGAGAUCGACGCCAUGGAUACCAGCCUCCCACCGUCGAGUCCGCUCGGAAUAGCCUCGAUGACCUCGAGUCGUCGGGCUCCGGGUCGGAAAGGGGCUCGCUCGAGGCGCUGCAGCGGGAGCUCGCUCAGAUGGACGUGGAGGAUGCGGAUCACCAAUCAUCGUCUCGUCGCUCGCAGCUGCGCUCUCGCUUCUCCAAGCGAUUCAACAACCUGACCCGGACCCUUUCGUCAUUCAAUCUCCCCUUCCGUCGCUUUCUACCGACUCUUCCCCGGUUCACCGUCCACGUCGACGAAGCCCGAGACGGCCUGAAGCAGAACGGGUGCAUGAUCCUGCUGCGUGUCUUCGGGCUGUUCCUGGUCGCCGCUAUCGUUUACGUCUUCUUUAUCUCCGAUCUGUUCAACAUGAACGCCAAGUUCAUCAUGGGACAAUCCUACAGCGCGGCAUCCGUCGAGAACUUCGUCCAGGGCCAUAUCAACGAAACCAACAUCGCGGAAAACCUACGGAAGUUGACCGCCUAUCCUCACAUCGCCGGUACGGAAGGCAGUUUUGUUCUGGCAGAAUGGAUCGAAGCGGAGUUCAAACAGGCGGGUUUCGAUGAGGCAGAGAUGGAAGAGUUCCAGGUGUAUCUGAACUACCCCAGGCCCGAUGGCCGAAAGGUGGCGAUCAUCGACCCCCCGGAGUUGGCGUGGGAGGCCGCCCUGGAGGAAGAUAGCGAGCAGACCCUGGUAUUCCAUGGGCAUUCGAAGUCGGGGAAUGUUACAGGCCACCUGGUCUACGCAAAUUACGGCUCUCGGGAGGAUUUCCAAUACCUGGCAGACCAAGGCAUUGAUCUGAGCGGCUCCAUAGCGCUGGUUCGUUAUUAUGGAACAGAGACCGAUCGGGCCUUGAAGGUCAAAGCCGCUGAACUGGCCGGCGCAGUGGGGUGUAUCAUAUAUUCGGAUCCGGCCCAGGACGGGUUUGUCCGAGGCCCCGCCUUUCCAGACGGACGCUAUAUGCCAGCGGACGGGACGCAAAGGGGUGCCGUCAGUCUGAUGUCGUGGGUCGUUGGGGAUGUCCUCUCCCCUGGUUUCGCAUCAACUCCGCAUGAGAAGGUCCGGCUCCGACCGGAGGACAGCGCGGGGUUGACGGCAAUUCCCAGUAUCCCUCUCGCCUGGCGUGAUGCUCAGAGACUCUUGCAGGUUCUCAAGGGUCAUGGGUCAAAGGUGCCGGCCAAGUGGGUUGGCGGUGUUCCGGACGUGGAUCAGUGGUGGACCGGAGACGCGUCCUCUCCCACUGUCAACCUCAUGAACCUCCAGGAUGAGGAGACAAGACAGCCGAUCUACAACGUGGUCGGUAGGAUCAUCGGGCUGGAGCAGCCGGAGAAGAAGAUCAUCAUCGGCAACCACCGAGACUCGUGGUGUUUAGGAAGCGCCGAUCCAGGCAGCGGCACGGCUGUGUUCUUGGAGCUUGCUCGGGUCUUCGGCGAAUUGCUCACAUUUGGCUGGCGUCCCUUGCGCACCAUUGAGUUUAUCAGCUGGGAUGCAGAGGAAUACAACCUUGUUGGGUCGACCGAGCACGUCGAGAAGGAAAUCAAGGCCCUUCGUGAGCAUGGGUUCGCAUACAUCAACGUCGACGUUGGCGUUAGCGGCAAGGAGUUCGAGGCCAGUGGAAGUCCGCUUUUCGAACGGGUUAUCACGCAGAUCCUAGCCCGCAUCUCGGAUCCCAUCAGCAAUGAAACGCUCAAGGAUCUAUGGGAGAAGAAGAAGAAGCGGCUUGGGCCUCUUGGCUCUGGAAGCGAUUACGUCGCUUUCCAGGACAUUGCGGGAACCUCGAGUGUUGACUUUGGAUUCACCGGCGAACCGUUCCCCUACCACAGCUGCUAUGAGAACUGGGACUGGAUGACCAAAUUCGGGGACCCCGGCUUCCAGUACCACAAGAUCUUGGGCCAGUUCUGGGGACUGCUGAUUCUUCAGAUUGCAGACAGCCCGAUUUUGCCCUUCGACCUGGAGGGAUACGCGGAUCAUAUGGCCGGCUACAUUGCCGAUCUGGAGAGCUACGCCAAGUCGAAGAAUGUGCCCAUCUCCGGUGGUGUUUCCGAGACCGCUGCGCGAGAUGUUUCCGUGACCUUCACCCCCCUGCACCAGGCCGCCGCGAAGCUCAAGGCCGACACGGCGGAGUUCCAAGGCUGGGCUCAGGUCUGGCACGACAGCGUCUGGGGCUCAGGGGGGUACGAGAACAACGUGAUUGCCAUUCAGCGACUUAAACACAACGUCAAGCUGUCCCACUUCGAGACGCAUCUUCUCGACGACCGGCCCGAUGGCGGAGUCCCGAACCGCACGCAGUUCAAACAUGUCAUCUUCGGCCCAGAGCUUUGGUCCGGUUACGACCCGACCUUCUUCCCCGCCAUCCGGGAUAGUAUCGAUUCUGGCAACUGGAACCUGACCCAGGAAUGGAUCGACCGGGUGGCAGACAUCCUCAGCUUCGCCGGCGACCAGCUCUUCAUCCAUACAUGAUCUAGUAAUAUCUUCUACCGCUUCCUUCCCUUCCCUUCCCUUCCUCUUCCUCGCACCAUACCAUACCAUACCACCUCUACAGACUUCGACCCCCCAGCGCCAGUUAUAUACACCCCAAUUCCAAUUGCACAGUAUUCAUCUUCCUCCCUCUCUACCUCUGUGUAUUUCCCUCUUGUUUGUCCAAAAGAUUCCCUUUCCUUGGCAAAUACUGUUUCCC